AUGUGCCUUUGUGGAUUUUUUUCUGCAAGUUUUGGGCUUCUAUCUCAAAAGAUUAUAUCAGAAACUAGUGAAUACUUAAGAAGCAAAUAUUUCGGAAGAUUAAUGUUUUAUCAAGCAAUUGGAUGUCAAAUAGCUCUAUUGAUUUCUGGUAUAACUUCUAAUUAUUUGAGUAAUUGUGAAUAUAAUUAUUGGUUUUACCCUUUUGGAUCUAGUAGUAUUUUAUGUUUUUUAUUUUUAAUAUAUAUAACAAUAUUCUUAAAAUGUGAUACAAUUAAAUUGAAUAAUAAUUCAAAUUUUCAAUUAAAACUAAUCUUUUCAAAUAUUAAGAUUUCUGUAAGCUGGAUAUCAGUAAUGAUUGUUGCACCUUUUGUUGGGUUAGUUAGUGAUAUAUUUCACCAAAUAUCACCAUCUAGAGGCAGGAGUGUAUCUUUUCAGUUUGGCCAGGAGUUGGUGCAAUGUCACCCAAUAUUAUCAGAAAUAGUCCUUCCUAGUUAUAGAGCUACAGUAUUUGCACUUUCCUCAAUGUUUGAAGGGAUUGGAACCGCCUUUUUUGGCACAAGAUUAGUAGGAGACUUGGCAGUAUUCGUGUUUGGAUAUCACUUGUCACCAAGCAAUGUUGAGAAUGAAGAUAUUCCAGAUUCCCUACAUAAUAAGUAUUUAAAGGAAAAUUCUAAGGCUCUCGGAAAUGCUAUUUUGUGCAUGACUGUAAUCCUGUGGACUAUCAGCAUAGCUCUAUUUAAUUUUACAAAAAAGAAAGAAAUUAGAGAGAGAUCAGACUCAAAAGUUUGUCCCCAGUUAACUAUAAUAAAUUCUCAGUUAGACUACUUAUUGGGAAGAGUUUAA